CGGUACUCGAAAAUAGUCCGCGCCGGGUAGUUUUCCAUCUUGUUUCAAUGAAUAAUGAGGAUGCACGUGGUAUGAUCGCGAUAAUGUGCAUCAGUGGGGACCGUUCGUCCCGUUCCUCGUGACGGUUGCACUUGUUCGUGCAAAUGCCCCACUGUUCGCCACCGGUCGAAAACAGAAGCGGGCCGACGGAGGACGCGUCGCGUCGCGACACCCUUCCGAGCGCGUGCACGGCGCGCGGCAGCUGAAGAAGAAGACGAAGAAGAGAACAGGAGGCUGGCGAGUGGCGGUGGAGGGCGAGGGAGGCUGCGCUCCUAUAUGUAGCCCCGAAUCUUAGCCGGAGCAACUAUUACGCCCGAAAACCUCGAGGCGGACGCACCCCUGUUCUCCCUGAACGUGUGCACAGGGCACGGUCGCCUUCGACGCGACAGCUUUUUAUUUAUUUACAUCUUACACCCAUACAUAUAUACAUAUACAUACACGCACAUUUUUAUUUUCCCCUACCCUCAGUCUCGAUCAAAGAAAUCGCGUGCCAGCUCGUACCGUCGAGUUUAACGAUCAUUCUCUCGUCAAGCGUCUCGUCGGUGUGAAACGUGUGGUGACACCAGUGGGAUUAGAACCGAGGCAUGAUUUGUGUGACCCGUGGAGGACUGUGAAGAGAGAACCGAGCGCGAGGAACACGCCGACAACCCCGCAGGGAAGAUGCCGAGGGCCUUCCUGAUCACGCAUCGCCGGUACAACGGGGUCGACGAGGAGUUCGACGGAUCCGGAAGAGACUUCAGCCCUGAGAGAGGCGUUCGACUGGCCGACUACAGCAGCAAUCAUCCGACGUCGGACGGCGCAAGCGAAUGCGGCAGUGAAACGUCGUCGGAGUGCCCUGAAGAACUGUACAACCUGACGAAAUUGGCCGAAGUGAGCUUAGCCGCGGCUGCUGGCACGCUGAUUCACCCCAGCAACGUAAUUUAUCAGCAGCCAGCCUCGCCUAGAUGCGCUCAAUUCUCAGACAGGAUCGUGACACCGCGGACCAAGCAACCGGACUCGCAGUUCCAGGACCACGGCAGGCCGAUCGACGACGAACAAACAUUGGGGGAAAGAACCAGACUGUUCUUUGAGAGGAUUGAGUCUGAACGGGAGAUCUUGCAGAGCCACUCGGAGAGGAACACGGUUCUAGGCAUCCACGUGUCGGCCCAUCCUCAUCGUUUGCAAGACGAACGACGCAUGGAAGUGUCUGACAACUCGUUGGACAAAACGGAAUCGGAAACUGUGUCACCAGUAUUGUCCGUCGUACCUCAAGGCAGAAGGACAACCUCGACCUCAACGGAAGCGUCGAAGUCCGAGGACAAUGAGGACCAUGAAUGCCCGGACUGCGGGAAGAAGUACUCGACUUCGUCGAACUUAGCCAGACACAGGCAGACUCACAGAUCCCUCGGAGACAAAAAAGCGAGGAGGUGCCCUCACUGCGACAAGGUCUACGUCAGUAUGCCUGCUUUCAGCAUGCACGUCAGAACGCACAAUCAGGGGUGCAAGUGCCAUUACUGCGGCAAGUGCUUCUCGAGGCCGUGGCUGCUUCAGGGACACAUACGUACGCAUACAGGCGAAAAACCAUUCAAAUGCACGAUCUGCAACAAAGCGUUCGCCGACAAGUCGAACCUACGUGCUCACAUCCAGACUCACUCGAACACGAAACCGCACGUGUGUGGCCGUUGCGGCAAAGCGUUCGCUCUGAAGUCCUAUCUCUACAAGCACGAGGAAUCGUCCUGCAUGCGCGCACAUCAUCGCUCGUCCACGGAGAAAUCGGAUGGGAACGACCAAAAAAUAGCGUCCACUAAAUCUUGCCCGCCAUUGUCAUCCUCGUCGUUGAACCGGUUGACGACGACGCCCUGCGUCACCGCGUCACCUACCAGUGUGAUAGUACCCCGGCUCGACCUGAACCGUGAUCAAAGAAACUCGUCAUCCGCGUUCUCCGCAAUCAUCAGGCACACCAGAAUAUCAGACGCGGCUAACCCGCCAUCGAAACGACCCUGCAGAGAGAAGACACCUCCUUCGAUCGAGGAGUCGGAAAGAAACAUGACGGACGAGUCGACGAAAGAGCAGGAAUGCGUAUCUCGAAUGGUGAUCAGAACGUCCGUGAUUUCCCCAAAUCCGGAGCAUCUCGGUCGUUUCGGCAACGACGGCCAAAAUUCCUCGAACAGUUUCGACUUCUCGGAUCCUAGGAGGACCUCCGCGUUCUCCAGACCAACAACGAUGACCCUCAAUCUGGCUAUCGCAUAAAUAUUGAAUAACUGCAUUAGCGAGCGUAGGUAAAAUAGAAACCGAUGGCGGGCUGGGACACAUAACCUAUUUUCACAGAACGUCGGGACGGCCGUGAAACGAUCGUUAUCCGAAACCGAAGACGAACAGAUACACCAUUGUUUUGUAGAAAUGACGAGACGUCAUUAUUUGCUAGCAACUAGUGUCAUUCCUACCAAUAUACCGAAGUAAGUCCGUUUUUUUCUGUUUAGUGGCGGGAACGUUUGAAAUUCUUGUUACCGACCGAUGCCUUCGAAACGAUCACCCUUUUUUUCUUUUUCUAAUAGUCGGAAGUAGAAUCAAAUUUGGCGGGAAAGCCGGUCAUGAAUCGUGUAACCGCGAUCCACAGAAAUUACGAGACGCAAUGUUAUUCCAUACACCUUCCUAAUUAGGGACCAUCUAGCAGAUAGUCAUAGUAAGAAUGAAAUCGUGAAUCGUUGAUUCCUGAGUGUCGUGCCUUAAACUUUAAUCUCGCGUUGACAGAUUUUGUUCUUGUCAAAGACACGCGCGCCGCGUCGUAUUAAGAGAGUAAUUUAUUGACUCGAAGUGAAAUCUAGUGCCUAUGUACGCGUACUAACCUUAACGCUGAUCGCGUCGAUCAAAUCCAAAGUUCUCCGUGCUCUUCCAGGCAGCUAAAAUAUUUCCUUGACGCUUGAAAACUACGGUACGUCUAACCAUAAAAUGUCGACGGACACCGAUCGAAACCAGAGAUAAUCAAAGAACUCUUUGAAUACUAGGACCAUUAUAUUUCAACUUGAACCAAACUCGAUAAGUAUAAUUACAUGUUUAAAAAUGUUUACGAUUGUCUUGAACCGGACGUUCAACCGCGAUAGUUAAUUCAAGUCCACGUUCAAAGGAAGCGAAAAUAUGUUUAAUCUGCGAAAAUUCGAAAUUUUUAUUCAAAUAUGAAAUAGUUACCUAAGAUAAUAAUUACACGUUUAAUAACCGUUCUCGUAGCGUCGUAGUUUAAUGAUACUUUUAUGAUCGUUGUAAACAGAACAGUCAACUAUGAUAUUCAAAUUCACAUUCGAAGAAAAUGAAAGUGUAUUUGAACCGCGUAAAUCUGAAAUUCGAAUUUAAAUGCCAAAUAGUUACCUAAGAUGUCUGUUGAAACGAUCGAUAGAGGAACAUAUGGAUAAAUGUAAUUUCGGGUGUCGUCGUGUUGGCCGCGAACAUAUAUCUAAGACGGUAGUUUUAUAUUGUAAUGCAUUAAGCGCGUUUUCUUUUUUUUUCUUUUUUUUUAUAUAAAUAAAACGCGUAUUGUCUGUGAUUCGAAGUUAACGGAAUUCGACUGCCGUACGCAGUCUAUGUGGCCCUCUAUUAGCCGCAUCGUAUAAUAAGUAAAAUCGUUUUUAAUCCGUUACCGACUGACGGUAACAAUCCGAGUGUAAACUAGUCCAAUUUCGCAUUGCUAUUCCGAGCGUAACCCAACGAAACGUAAUUCGAAAAUUCGUUGAAUUUUGUAAUUAAUCAAUUAAUGUAAAAAUAAAAUCUUUGUUAAUUACGCGUUUAAAUGAACAAUUUCGUGAGGUAGCGCGAAUAUUCGAAUAGCAACAGUUAUGAUUAAAGGUUUAUGUAGUUUAUCAAUUUUUUUUCUUUUUUCACUGUAAAAUUAAAAGAUUGUGUUUACAAUUAACCUGGAGCGAGGGCGUACGAUAAGUACGCGUAUCCUAGUCAUCGAUCCAAGGCGUAGAUCGAAAAUAGGGAUCCCGAUAUUUGUAAUAUUCUAUUGUAUAGCCGUGUGAGCCACACGUUGUAAAUAGCAUUCCCUUACAUUACGUAUUAGUACUUAGAGUAUCUCGCAUUAUUAGCCCUUUUAAUUAGCGCGACUUAAUUUACUGUUGUUUUAUGUAUGUAACGUGCCAUUUGUACACCGGAGUGCCUAAACAAACGUUUUACCAAUUUUUCUACGAAUUGUAAAAGUAUUGUCUAUUACAACGAGAAAAUAUAUACAUA